GCCGGCCUGCGCCCGCGCGCGCGUCCUCGACUCUCGCCGCGCGCUCCGCACGAACGAAUCCUUUUUUUCUGAUACAACAUCUUAUAAGAACUGCUUUUAUCGUGUUUUCGAUCGGCCGAAAGUGGCGUGGUUGUGAUUCUAGCCGCGUUUGUGUGAUGGUCGCGCCGUAGCACGCCGCGGCGUCGCGAUCUGUGUGUUUUUUUGCAUUGCAACUUUUGCAUCCGAGUCCUGUGGUGUUGCCGGGCGCGAGUGCCGGCCCCGAUCGGUUCGGCGACUCAAGUUCAUUGUCGAGUUAUCUUGAUCCGAGAAACUGGUGGCGCCGGCGCAGCAUGCGCGGCGUGACGUAGCGCGAUGGCGUCCGACGCGCGCGCGCGCUCGCCGCCGCCCGCGCGCCUGCGCCGCGACAACAACAGGUCCCCGUACGUGACGCUGGGCGCGGUGCGCUACGCCGUGCGCCGCGCGCCGCCGCCGCGCGCCUGCCCGUGCCGCUGCUGCUCCGAGGAGGCGCUGGCGGCGUGCCUCGGCCGCGCCGCGCCCGACCGCCGCACGCUGGAGCGCCUGCAGCGCCGCCUGGGCCGCGCCCGCGACGAGCGGCCCUCGCGCCACCAGCGCCUGCAGGCCCUGACCGAGCGCCUGCUGCCGCGCGCGCCGCCGCCGCCGCCCCCGCCGCCGCCGCCGCCGCCGCCGCCGCACUCGGCGCCCGUGCUGCCGCCCGUGCCGCCGCCGCCGCGCCGGCCCGCCGCGCACGCGCCCGCCGGCGGCAGCCUGCCCGCGCUCAUGGCGCCGCGCGUGCUGCACGAGCUGCGCGAGGAGAGCGACGGCUCGCAGUCGCAGGCCGACAGCGCGCAGCCGCACAGCGAGGGCGCGUCGCCGCUGGAGCCCGCGCGUCCGUUCGCGUUCCCGCCGCUGCCCGAGCCGCCGCCCGCGUGCGCGAACCCGGAUUGUGACUGUGCUGACUUUGCCGCGACGCGAGACGACGACGCGAGUGCGCUAGAGAGUUCGAUCCCUGUGCCGGUGUACGAGUGUAUAGUGAAACAGUGGUCGAAAGAGACGCCGCAGGAGGAGCCUCCGCGAUCGGAGGCCGCGUCCGAUGGAUCGCUCGACAAAGAUAAGGAAGACGAAACGAUCACGAGUGAGCAUUUGGCGCAUUUGCUCGCUGCGGUUCAGAAUCCUCGCACCCCGGCGCCCAUAGGAGCCCGGGAGCGUCGGAGGCCCUUCGAUAAAUCGAAAAGAAGAAAGGGUAUAUACAUUACCACGGCCAGCGAUGACGGCGGUGAGGAAGACACGCCUCUAACCGUGAACGGGAAUCGUGAAAGUGGAGAAGCAUCACCUCGCGAGACGAGGUUGUCAGACGAAGUGCGGACGUCGUCUCUCCUCGGUGACAAGUCGGACGAUUCUUGCACGAACGGGCCGCCCAGCCCGUCCGAUAUGCCGACUCUGAUGUGGCCGCGAUCGGAGGAGCUGAGAACGAGGCGGGCGAGGUUUUCCCAACAAAGCUCAGACGAACGAGACGACGAUUCGUAUAGAACGAGAAGAAAGUACGGUGUCACGUCCCGGGGGGACUCUCCCUCGGAGGCGGAGAGCGAUUCAUGCUCGAGGGACCGGACGGCGUCGCCGUCGCCGUUCAGUCCGUCGGACAACUCUGACGUGGAAGCGAGACGGCAGCAGUUCUCGCAGAGGCCGUUCGGGAAGAACCUGGAGGCGCCCGUGAACCGCUCCGCGGAGAGCGGCAGGCGGAGUUUCUCGGACGCCACGGUGCCGAGCCGCAAGUCGAGCGCGGGCAGCGGGCCGCCGGCCCGGCGCGGGCCCACGCACGUGCGCGCCACGUCGUCGCCGUCCAAGCUGGCGGGCGUGCGGCCCGGCGCCGACCUGCUGGCCGAGCUGCUGCGCGGCAGCUCGGAGGCGCUCUCCAACUCCGCCGCCUUCGACAACGUCGUGCUCACGCUGCAUCAACACAAUGACACACGAACGCACGUGGUGGUGGAGCUGUACGAGACGGAGAAGUCGUACGUGGACGCGCUCGACAUACUCGUUAAGAAAUACCUCCAGCCCCUCAAGAGCCCUGAGAAUGCCGGGCUCCUGGAUUCGUUCGUGGUUGACGAGAUCUUCAACCAGAUCCCCACCAUCUUCAACGUGCACCAGGUGUUCCUGGAGCAGCUGCGCCGCCGCCUCGAGCAGUGGGACUUGCAGCAGAAAGUCGGGGAUGUCUUCUUGGAUGUGUUCACGAAACCCACCGUGAUGGACACAUACAUGUCGUUCAUCAACAACCAGCGGCGCGCGCGCGAGACGAUCAAGGCGGCGGCGGCGUCGCGGCCGGCGUUCGCGCGGUUCCUCGACGCCAUGGCGCGCGACCACAAGGGCAAGCUGUCGCUCGACAACCUGCUCAUCAAGCCCGUGCAGAAGUUCCCCAGCUACAAGCUGCUGAUACAGAGGCUAAUCAAGCACACAGACCAAACGCACCCCGAUCACAAACUACUACUAGAAGCACAAAAAGAAAUCCACGAGCUGUUAGAACUGAUAAACUGCACUGAAAGGGAGAGCCUUGAGUUGGAACAGCAGCAGCAGACCCUGAGGGAGCUGGAGCAGAUGAUCGAGGGCCUGUCGAACCUGGCGACGGCGGAGAGGAUGUUCCUGAGGCACGUGAUGGUCACCAUGCCGUCGGCGCAAGGGACCAUCAAGGAUAGAGUGCUGUUCCUCUUCAACGACACUCUAUUGAUAACGAGUGUCAAAAGAAGGACCGGUACUAUUAAGAAACCCAUUCCAACAUACCAAAGUAAUAUAGCGAGUCAGAUGGAAGGAAAUAAGUACAAACUUUUAAUGAGGAUAUCGCUGGCCGAUCUCGAAAUAGUUAAAGCUAAGGACGAAAACUUGAGGCGGAUAAUGCACGAGGUGGAGACGCUGACGGCGGACGUGAACACUCUGACGCGCAUCUCGGAGCAGGUGGCGGCGCUGCACACUCCACACGCCGCGCUGGAGGAGCUGGUGCGAGAGCUGCUGCUCGGAGCCAGCCGGCAGCUGGGCGAGCGACACAGCAGCGACACGCAGCUCUGCUAUAUGGAGCUCAGUGUCAAUACCUCAAAUGGACCUGAAAAUUUGACCAUCAUAUUCCCAAAGACAGACAAAAGGAGUAGUUGGGAAGAGCUAAUAAACGAAACCAAACAAAAAUUAUCGAUGUACGGGCCGGAGCGGACGGCGCCGGAGUUCCUGUCGCCGGUGCCGAUCCGCAAGACGCGCGCCGGGCUGCAGUUCACGUGCGCCGCGCCCACCAUCCCGCCCAAGGGACAGCCGCCCGACGUUUGGGUGUGCAACAGCGACGGCUACGUGGGGCAGGUGUGCGUGCUGACGUUGUCGCAGCCGCGGCCGCAGGUGACGUCGUGCAACGGCGUGUGCAACGCGCGCAUCCUGUGCGUCGCCUGCGUGCCGCCCGCGCCCGCGCUCGCCCGCCAGCACACCGUCGACAUACCAAGUACGACGAGUUCACUAAACAGCACGAGUUCCGUGAAACCGGGCAUCAGUAUAUCGGACCCAGACGACAGCUGCAAAAACAUUCGACUCGACAGCUCGUCUUCAAGCGACGACGACGACGACGGCUCGUCUACCAGCGAAAACCAAGACGCUCUCUCUGAGCGGAGCCAGGAGUCGUGCGGGCCCCGCGGGGCGGCUGGGGCCCCGGUGGCGCUGGCCCCCUCGCACGCCAAGAGUCUCAGCACCCCCCACACGGCGCACGCGCCACCCCACCCCGUCAUCAAGUCCAACUCCAACCCCGCGGUGGACAAGCAAGCCAUGGGCAUCACUACCGUACAUGGACGCAGUAUGCUCGGCACCCUCUCGUCUCCUGCCAGCCGGCAGUCCUCCGAAGACAGCAGCAGCAGCGCCAACCAGCCCACCAUGUGGCUGGGUACCGAGGACGGCUGCAUCCACGUGUACAACUGCCUCGACAACAUCCGCGUCAAGAAGAACAAGGUCAAGAUGCAGCACAACUCCGGGGUCCACUCCAUUGUGUACGUCGAAGGAAAGGUGUUUGUUGCUCUUGGCAAUGGCGAUCUCGUAGUCUAUUGCAGGGAUAUAGACGGGUCGUGGGCGGAGAAGUGCAGCAUCGCGGUGGGCGGCGGCGGCGGCGCGGUCAGCAGCAUGCUGCUGUGGGGCGCGCGCCUGUGGUGCGCCACCCACGCCUGCAUCAAGAUCAUCAACCCGCACACCUUCCAGAUUGAAGAAACAUUCCAAAUAAGUACUGAGUCGAAGCCGAUCAGCCACAUGGCGGUGAGCGGCGGCGCCAUCUGGCUGUCGCUGCACAACGCGGCGCAACUGCGCUGCUACCGCGCCGCCUCGCGCGAGCAGCUGGCCGAGAUCAACAUCACGCCGCAGGUCACCAAGAUGCUGCACGGCUGCGAUGACAUCAUCCGGCAGCACAAGGCGGCGUGCCUGCGCGUGACGGCGCUGGCCGCGUACCGCGACACGCUGUGGGUGGGCACCAGCGCCGGCGUGCUGCUCACCGCGCCGCUGCAGCACGCGCCCGACGCGCGCACCGGCGCCUUCACCGUGCCGCCGCUCACAGGUAUACCUUACGGACACACUGGUCACGUGAGGUUCCUGACCAUUGUCGAGAAUCCCGCGCCGCACCGGCAGCCGGCCAAAACCACGCAGACCUCCCUCAAGACCAAGGCCCUCAGCCGGCGCUCCGCCAACGCCGAGAAGCUGCAGAAGCAGCACGACACCGCGCAGACCAACAAGGAGACCCUCAUCAUCUCGGGCGGCGACGGCUACGAAGACUUCAGAAGCUCCACCAUGACCGAGGACGCCGGACGCGAGGACUCCACCAACCACCUGCUCCUCUGGCGCGUCUGAAACGAAUGUGACGCCGACCCGGUUCGAACUAGUCACAGACCUUCCAAGAGGAAGACCUUCUGGAGAUUCACAUGAAUGGAAUUGACGUUGUACGUGUAAGUGAUGUGAAUGUGCGCAGAGGACAGACGAGAGCCUAAAGUUUUAUUUUCAAACGUUUUCGUUGGACCUGAAUGUUAGUAUUAUUCCAGCUUUCAAUAAAGUUAAACGUUGAUAUAUGCUAAUAUAAAAUAUAUAAAGUAAACGUUCAAAAAUAACGUGUUUUACGCUUGUGAGCGUGAUUGAAAUGUAAUAUUUUGAGAUUAUUUAACUAUUAGUUAGGACAUGAAAUGUCAAUAUCAUUUUAAUGCAUAAGAGUAAAUUUUUAUCAAAAUUUUUGAGAUUUAUUUGGACCCAUUUAUGCAAACAGGAACCAACCCACACUUUGAGUGAAAUUGAGUUAAGUACAUAGAUGGCGCUCAAAUAACGCAUUCUAUCUUCAAAAAAAUUAUGGUACAUUUUUAACGACUAACAACAGAGAUACAGCACUGUCACUUGCGGAACCAACCCGCUUUGGCCAACUUUUAAAAACUAUAAAGAACUAUACAGCAUGGUCCCUAAGCACUUAU